AUGUCUUACCAAUCCAGAUCUUCAAAUCACAACGAAAACGACGACCACCACGACAACCGUCGGUUAUACAACCCUUACCAAGAUCUUAGAGUCCCCGCACAAACCCUGUACAAACUUCCCACAUCUCCUGAAUACCUCUUUCAAGAGGAAUCCAUCGCUCAACGGCGUUCAUGGGGCGAAAACCUGACAUACUACACCGGCAUCGGCUACCUCGGCGGCGCUGUAGUUGGCGCCGGGAAGGGUUUAGUAGAGGGCGUGAAGGCUUCUGAGGCUGGAGACACCAUGAAACUUAGGGUUAAUCGGAUCUUAAAUGCUUCUGGACAUUCAGGUCGGACGAUCGGCAACCGUGCGGGUGUAAUCGGACUGUUGUACGCUGGUAUGGAGAGCGGGAUGGUUAAGGUGAGGGAUGCAGAUGAUAUUAUUAACAGCGUGGUGGCCGGAUUAGCGACUGGAGCGCUUUACAAGGCGGCGGCGGGGCCUAGGUCGGCGGCUGUGGCCGGAGCUAUUGGUGGAAUAGCGGUGGGAUUAGCCGUGACGGGGAAGCAGAUUUCCAAAGGUUUCUGUAGCAGAAUAUUUGUUCAGGUGAAGAUGGAUUGAUUAUUGUUAUAGCUUUUGUUGAUGACAAGAAGUUAAGAAAGCCCUUCUAAGUAAUCUUUAGAUUAUUGUCUUUUUUACCCUUUUUACAAAGAUUCAGGGGUUUUGAGUUUUUACCAUUCGAUGCUCUUCUUUUGCAUAGAGAAAUGGUAGUACUAAUAGAGUUAUGUUGAUUUUGAAAAUUUUAGCCUUGUUCUAUUUGAGCUAUAGGAUAAGUGUUUGUUUGGGCAUGUUUCUUUUGAUUUGGCAUUGUUUAUGCUUAUAGAGAACAAGUUUUAUGCUGAGAAAAUACAUUGGAGUGUCAAUGGAAGCAAGCAGUCUCUCUACCAUUAGGUCGAGUCUGUUUACAUCUUAUCUCCUAUGGGACUUGGGUAAUGUUGUAGAUACAAUCAUACAAGUAUCUCUCUAGUAUUGUGUAGUGAAUGGUGAUUGUGAAAAAGUUAGUCGAUUUAUGUUAAAAACCUAUCAUUCAAUUAUUUUUUGUGAUCAUAUUUGCUUAUUUUGGAUUUUUUUUGUAA